UUGACAACGGAAAACGCGUAAUCAGCUAAAAUGGGUGAACGAUUUAAAGAUGCCAGUAAGAGCUUUGUUUGUUCGUUCUUCAGCUGUAAAGCGUCCUUUUCAAAAUCAUGGAAACUGGAGGCUCAUUACUGCAAGCACACAGGCUUGAGACCAUUUAUAUGUGACAACUGCGAUAAAAGCUUCUGCAGUCGUUACCAGCUCACCCGACAUCAGUUGAGCCACAGCGGCGCGAAGCCUUAUCUAUGCUCAGUGGAAGACUGUCCUGAGACCUUCUCCACAAGUACCAGUAUGAAGAACCACAUUGCACGAGUGCAUCAGAACAAAGAGAAGCACUAUGUGUGUGACUAUGAAGGUUGCGGGAAGGAGUUCCGCAAGAAAAAAUGGUUGAGGACGCACAAGUGUGAGCACACGAAUGUGUUUCCUUUUCAAUGUCAUUCUGAGGGCUGUGGGAAAAAGUAUGCUGCCUUGAAAACCCUGAAAAAGCAUGAGCGUGUGCAUGAUGGAUAUCCAUGUGCCGAGGAGGGCUGUUCUUACCAGGGCAAGACAUGGACAGAAUAUCAGGCACAUAGAAAAGCAGAACACAGAGAGACGCUGCCAUGCGAUCAGUGCAAGAAGGUCUUCCAUGAAGCCUGGUUCCUGCAGAAACACAAGCAGUUUGUGCACUUGGGAGAGCGCCACGUGUUUAAAUGUGCCAGCGAGGGGUGUUUGAAAGUCUACACCACGCAAUUCAGUCUGCAGAGUCACAUCCUGUCCUUCCAUGAGGGCAAGCGUCCCUUCAUCUGUUCUCAUGAUGGAUGUGGUAAAGCCUUUGCCAUGGAGGAAAGUCUGAUGCGCCAUGCUGUAGUCCAUGACCCUCAGAAGAGAAAGCUACAGAAAAAAAAACAAACAAGGUGGAGGAAGAGCCAUCCAUUCAAGCCUCAGGUUUCGGAUGCCUCUGAACUGUCAGCAUGUCUGAAAAGUGUGUCUCUGAAUGAAUCCAUUUCUCAAGACAAACCAAGCCCAUAAUGUUUCAAAAGGCAAAUGAGCAAUUGUGUUCCUUUUCAGUUAUAAAACUCUGGAAUUUCAAGAAUUUGUUUUUGUUUGCAAUCACCAUGCUAAAUAAACACUUCUCUGCACCUUUGGGUUGAUCAAGUUCUUUGCUGGAGUGAACUGGUUCUUAAC